GACGAGAUUUGAUACAGUCUAAGCCAAAUUCUACACGCGGCAACAUCAAAAUUCCAUACAAAUACAAAAUUCUCAACAAAAAUUGCGCUAGAAAAAAAAAAGAAAAGAAAAAUGAGCAGCCAAAACAGUAAGAACACUUUGGUCGAUUUGGAGUAUCCCUCCUCGAGUAGGGCCAAGUCCACUGUGAAGUCCACUCCCAACUCCCUGAAUCUCGGCUAUUCGCAUUCGGAGUUUUCACUUUGCGCGCCGCUGGUGGGGCCGAUUAUAUCGCAGCAGUGCCUGCCGGAGCCGAAGGAUGGCGACGACGUUCUGGCCGGUGAGGUGGUGCUCUCCCACACGCAUCUGAGCUUCCGCGCAGAGCAGCAGAAGCCGCGCGUCUACGUUGAUCUGGACAUGUGCGGACCAAGCUGCAAGGGGGCGAAUGUGUCGCUGAGCGGCGGUGAGGAGGACCAGGCGGAGGGCGUCGAGCGGCUGCUGAGUCGUGCAGCCAAUCGCGAGCAAAUGAGUCGCCAGCAGCGUCUGAUGUUCGGCUGUCCCCUGUCCACCUGCGAGGCGGUGCUGAACACCUCGAACUGCUUGUCCCACUGCCUGGUCGAGCAUCCUUUGAUUACGACACUGGAGAUGCACCUCAAUGUCACGGCGACCCUCAGGCUGGAGCUGCCCCUGGUGCUGGGCGACUGUGCAAGUCAGCGGUGCAUUGGCAUACUGCUCUUUGAGAGCGCCUGGCGGACUGGCAACAACUUGAACCUGCCGCCCAAAAAUGCCAGCUGGAGCCACCACCUGGCCGUGAUGGGGAUGCUGUGUAAAACUUCGUGGGACGGGCAGCGGAACGGACCAGCCGUCACACAAUUGUACAAUCUGUGGUUCUUAUGUCCCCAGGCCCAUUCCUCACUGCAGAUACUGGUCUCUGCCGAGUCCCAAGUCGAGAACGAGGCCAAGCAGGAGGUCAAACAGCAGCUGGUGCCCACCUCGCCGGUUCCCAUGCUGCUCGAUCAUCGGGAUAUGCAGCGGGAGAACGCCCUCUUCAUGCGACUCACACACCGCGAGAUGAAGCUCCUCACGAACAAUUUUACCACCGACAUCGACUUGAAGCUGACCAUUCACGAGGAGAAGCGUUCCAGCGACCCGCCGCAGAUCAGCUGUGCUCCGAAACUAAAUCCACUGAAUCUGCAGAAUCUUAUAAAGAAAAAACUCAAGGAGAUGAAAGAUCAGGCAGUUGCUUUCAAUCCGGCAAAAAUUUCAAAGCAAAGCAAGUCAUCAAUUCAGCACAGUUCGGUGGCAGUCGAUGACCUCCAAGUCGUGGAACCCCCUGCUGAAGCCGCACAUGCCCCAUGCCAGUCCCUGCAAGAUCUAACGACUCAUCACGAGCUGAAGCAAGAAGAGGGUUCAUGUCAAGACUCAGUCUUGCCAGUCUUGGAGGAGGUACAGUCUCGUUUGGUCCACAAUGAGGUGCAAUCCCUGCCAGUCGGUGAGGAGGCGCAGCCGCAUUCAGUCGUCCAUAAGGUGCAGUCCCUGCCAGUCGUCGAGAAGGUGCAGACUCUGCCAUUCUCGGUACAAUCUCUGCCAGACCUAGCGAAGCUACAGUCCCUGCCAGUCGUCGAUGGGCAACAGUCGCAACCUUCAAAAGAGGAGGAACACCCAGUGUUGCCAGACGUGCCACAGUUGAAGGCCGUCUUCGAGGAUUUCCAGUCAUUGUCGUCGGUGGAGACACUUUCAUUGCCAUCCGUGGUAGAAGUGACUCAGCCCCCAAAGCAGGAUCAGGAACCGUCACAGGCACAGGUUCUGCCGCAGGCAGAACUGCUCACCCUACAAUCCGAUGAAGUGCACAAUGUCAAAUCUGAGAAUGAAGGCGAGAAGUAUCAGCGGGAGGUGGACAGCGCCUCACAAUCGGAGGAGGACAAGAAGCAGUCCUACGUGUAUCAAGAGGACCAGGAGGAGAACGACGACUUCCUGCUGCUGGAGGAGAUCGAAGAUGAGUACGAGCUGGACCUGGAGGAAGAGGAGUCUCAUCGCGGAAAUGAGGCCAAGAAGAACCACUAGAAAGAAGAUGGUCUCCCACCCCCAGGCGGCCGAAUAUAUUAACAUACAAAAUUUGAUUCUUCCUUUGGCCAGCAUUGUUCCUUUCGCAUUGUCAAUUAUCUAUUUAGAGGAAAUAUUAUUAUUACCCCUU